AGAAAAACGCUCGCUAACAACUGUAAGGUGUCGGUGGUGUAACCUUUACUCUAAAAAUCCAUUGUAGAUCCAACAAAUUUAGUCUAAAACCCUCCAAAGAUAUCGUUUUCAUUCACAAGAUUCCAUCUUUACUGUUUUUCAAUAGAGAUCCCUUCAGCUGAAAUCUAGUGUUUGGCAUUUUCGUUUCACUCGUUUCUCAAAUAUUUGCCGAAUGUCUCAAAUUCCAACAACUUGGGUGUAGUCAAAAUCUAGUCUUUGGCAUUCGGGAAGAUAUAUAUUUCUCAGCUCUCUCUCUCUUUGGAAGAAAAUGGGGGAGAAGAGUGGUUCGAAAGGGUGGUGUGGUUGGUUUCUGGCGUUUGUAGUUUUGGGGGCAGUGGUUUUGGCGGUUUUCUUCACUGUUAGAUCCAAGAUCCACAAAUCUGAUUCUGGGCCUGCCCCUGUUCCUGGCCCUCCUGGCGCCAUUGCCAAGAAAUAUGCUGAUGCUCUCAAGGUUGCAACUCAGUUUCUCGACAUACAAAAAGCUGGGAAGCUGGAGGAUAAUCAAAUUACGUGGAGGGGGGAUUCGGCUUUGGAUGAUGGGAGUGAAGCGAAAUUGGAUCUCUCCAAGGGAAUGUAUGAUGCCGGUGAUCAUAUGAAGUUUGGAUUUCCAAUGGCCUUCACUGCCACAGUCUUGUCAUGGGCCAUCCUCGAGUAUGGUGACCAAAUGAAGGCUGUAGAUCAGUUGGAGCCCGUUCAAGGCUCGCUUAAGUGGAUCACAGACUUCCUCGUUAAUGCUCAUCCUACUGAUAAUGUGUUAUACAUUCAGGUUGGGAGCCCUAAAGCGGACCAUAGUUGUUGGGAGAGACCCGAGGAUAUGAAAGAGGCAAGGCCCCUCACACAAGUGAACACGUCUGCUCCGGGAACUGAUGUUGCUGCAGAAACAGCAGCUGCUCUAGCAUCGGCAUCUCUGGUGUUUAGGAGCAGUGACUCUGCAUACUCGGCUACUCUUCUUAAGCAUGCCAAACAAUUAUUUACUUUCGCGGACAAAUAUAGAGGAUCUUAUAGCGUCAGUAUUCCUGAAGUACAAACUUUCUACAACUCCACCGGCUAUGGUGAUGAGCUCUUGUGGGCAGCAAGUUGGCUCUUUCAUGCUACACGGGAUAAAUCAUAUAUGGAAUACGUCACUGGAAAAAAUGGUGAAGAUUUUGCCGAUUGGGGGAGUCCGACUUGGUUUAGCUGGGAUAACAAGCUCGCGGGAGCUCAGGUUCUGCUAUCCCGAGUUUCCUUCUUUGGCUCAAAGGACGUCUCCAAUUCCAAUGUCCUCGACAAAUAUAGAGAGUCAGCAGAAGCCGUAAUGUGUGGUCUAUUACCCAAAUCGCCAACUGCUACCACUAGCAGAACACGCAGUGGUUUAGUGUGGAUAAGUCAAUGGAACGCGUUACAGCAUCCUGUUGCCUCAGCAUUUCUAGCAGUCAUAUACAGCGAUUACAUGCUCUCGUCCCGAGUGGCAACACUAUCUUGCAAUGGAAGAGAUUUUAGGCCAUCAGAUCUACGGAAGUUCGCACUCUCUCAGGUACACUUUGCCACCUUAUACGAAAGUUCAUACUCGUAGUUAGAACGGAGAUUACAAAG